GUCAACUAUGACUGCUUUCGUACAGCAGCCGCAGUCGCCAGCAGUUUCAACAUCCUUUUUAUAUUUUCGGACGUUCUCCUGCUCAACAACCACAGCAAGUACAGCAACAGCAACAUCAACAGCAACAGCAACAACAGCAACAUCAACAGCAACAGCAACAACAUCAACAGCAACAACAGCAACAGCCAUGCAUUGUUUUUCAGCCUCCAAAUUUACUUAACAAUACUCAAAUCAAGACAACCGUACCUU